UUUUCAUUGUCUCAUGCUUGACGGUAGUACAACAACUAUAGUUUCACGCUUUUUGCUACGUUGUGUUUUUCCUCACUUUGUAGAUCCAGUGAGGCAUUGAGGCUUCAGGUUUGACUUUUAGUCUGACAGCAGUUGAUGUUUGACGACACGGGUAGCAUGGUAGACCUGUGUGCGAUUUUGUAGACGUCUUUCGGAAGUAUUUGUUGUCAGGCCUGUACGGGUUAUUUCCAUCACUGCCACUGGCAAACAAGUCUCCUGUGCUAAAAUGUCACUGGAGGACUAUGAGAGACAUUUCGACUCGCUAAAUUCAGAUUUGGGCGGCGGGUCUGUGGUCAGUGAGCGAUCAGCGUCGAGCGCGUUUAAUGGCGAAGAGGAGAAGCUGCAUUACAUUCCUAUCCGGAUACUUGGGAGGGGGGCGUUUGGUGAGGCAACUCUUUACAGAAGAACAGAGGUAAGGUACAUUUUGUGUCAUCCUGGGUACACCCGUCUGCGUUCAAAUGGCAAAGACCGCUCAAAAUGUCACUCCUCACACGUUUGUAAAGAUGCACUAUCACUGCUGCAACUGCACGACAAGAAAAACACUCACUGCAACUUCACAAGCUUCCCACAACUCUUUAGAAAUGACAAUAACCACAGUUUGAAGACAGAUUUACCAUGUUUACCAUUAAUGUAAUGAUAAUUUGGCACACAGUGUUUUAUGUUGAUCAUUUUGAACUACAGCAGAGCAUGUAUCUGAAGAAGUGAAUAGGUCUAUACUCAGUUUUCAUGCCUCUGUGUGAAAUUCUUUCCUGGAUCAGGGGAAGUGACUCUCACAUCAACUGCUGGCUAUCCUGGGACAGUUUUCACAAACCUUCCCCCUUUUGUCCCAUUCAUAAGCAUUUAUAUGGGUGGGAAAAUAUCAAAAAGGCAAUAUAUAAUCAUUCUGACAAAAACAGUCUGGUGUUAUAAAUAGUUUCCCUGUCUCAGUUCAGUGUCAGUCCUCCAUUACCUCCACUUUAUGCCAUGAAUCCUGCAACUAUCAGUCAUCAAAUUCUACCCUGUAGCUCUCAUCUCUAGAUUUAUCAACAUUACAUAUACAGUGACUUUUAAAAAGUAGGGACAUGUUCAUGGGGAGAAACUUAAACCUGUCAUAUGUGGACUACUAAUGUUAAAUUGGGGCUCUCGCUUGCAUUAUUUGACAAAUGAAUGUAAUGUAGAAUGUAAUGUAUGACAAAUGGCAUGUAUCAGAAAUGGACAAGAAGCUGAAUACAGAGAUCUGUUAAGAGCCUUCAGUGACUGGAGUCACAAAAACUGCCUCCUCCUCAACACCUCAAAGACAAAGGAGAUGGUCAUAGACUUCUGUGGAUCCAAACCCCCUCUUCAGCCAGUGAACACCUGUGGAGUGGACAUCGAAGUGGUGACAUCAUAUAACUACCUAGGUGUACAUCUGGAUAGUAAGUUGGACUGGUCUAAUAAUAUAGACUUCAUCUACAGAAAAGGGCAGAGCCGCCUCUUUUGCCUGAGAAGACUCCUAUCAAUAGAUAUCUGUAGUAAGAUGCUGCAGAUGUUUUAUCAGUCUGUGGUGGCAAGUGUUCUGUUCUACGCUGCAGUCUGCUGGGGAGGAAGCAUCAAACACAAAGAUGCAAGACGUCUCGACAAACUGGUGAAAAAGGCUGGCUCUGUGGUAGGACUCAAGCUGGACUCAGUGGAGGAUGUGGUGGAGAGAUCUACACUGAAGAAGGUGGAGACUAUUCUCAAGAACAUGGAUCACCCACUUCACAACACCUUGAUGGACCAAAAGGCCAAUGGUGGUGGACGGCUCCUCUCUCUUUGCUGCAGGACAGAAAGAUUCAGAAGAUCUUUUGUACCAACAGCCAUCAGACUUUAUAACUCUUGUGUAAAUAUUAGAUAACUUUUAGAGACAUGUCAAGUGAGACAAAAGACAAUUAAAUUUCUUUUCAGAGAUGAAUAAAGUUAUUCCCAUUCUUAUUCUUAUAUUGUCCCCUUUUUGCCCCCUUGCAGGACAACUCUCUGGUGGUAUGGAAGGAAGUGGAACUGAACUCUCUGUCGGAAAAGGACCGCAGAGAUGUCAUGAACGAAAUCAGCAUCCUGUCCAUUCUAGAGCACAACAACAUCAUCGCCUAUUUCAACCAUUUCAUGGAUAAAAACACCCUUUUCAUUGAGCUAGAGUAUUGCAAUGGUAAGUGAACACUGUGACAAUGCACAGUGCAGUUGUGAUUGUAACCAAGUUUGAAUGCUGACCAUCUGUGACAGACUGCUAAAUAGUAUGAACUCCACAGGAGGAAAUCUCUAUGAUAGAAUCAACCAACAGAAGGGGAAACUUUUCAGUGAGGAUGUAAGCAGCAACAUUAAAAUGAGUGAACUUGACAUAAAUUUGCUGUUCUUUUUCACCUACUUACCUUUAGCAUGUUUCUUUAGGUGGUCAUUUGGUAUUUAUACCAGAUUGCCUCAGCAGUGGCUCACAUCCAUAAGGCUGGGAUCUUACACAGGUAAGAUCUUCAGCCUGUUUCUGGUUUUAUGAAAUUCUAUGUGGUACAUGACUUUUGUGCAGGUGAUUUUGGAAAUGAAUACAUCCCUCUUCUCACACAGAGAUAUCAAAACUCUGAAUAUUUUCCUCACAAAGACUGACCUCAUCAAACUGGGCGACUACGGCCUUGCAAAGAAGCUAGACUCUGAAUUUUCAAUGGCAGAGACUGUAAGUUUUUGCCCCUUUAGAUUAACUGUUUAAAUAUGGUCAAACACUAACCACUUAGUCAACAUAUAUAGUAUGGUGGUAAUAUAUGUCUUGAGCAUGUGCAUUAUCUUUUCAGACAUCAAAACUACAUUAAGAUAAUAUACUGUUGGUGUUUGCAGACUGCAAGUUCACUCGUGUAGCUCUUUACAGUUGUAUGGAGUCACUCCUCCAGCAUCAACUUGAGAUACGUGUGUGAGAAAUCUAAAUUUGGAAUCUUUCUCCUGUAAAUCCAGUGUGUGGGAACCCCAUACUACAUGUCACCAGAGCUAUGCCAGGGAGCCAAGUACAACUUCAAAUCAGACAUCUGGGCCAUGGGCUGUGUAAUUUUUGAAGUCUUAACUCUUACAAGAACAUUUGAUGCAACGGUAACACUCUCAGUUUUUAACAAAUAGUUUCCCUUGUUGGUAAUGUGUUUUGUUUGAUUCUGGAUUAAAUUCAUUUCUCUGUUUGUGUCCAUUAGAACCCUCUGAACCUCUGCGUGAAAAUAGUCCAGGGCAACUGGACAAUGGAAGUGAAUUCAGAAGUUUAUUCUCCUGAACUGAUAAAGCUGGUGUAUGAGUGUCUCGACAAGGUGAUAACAAGAGUGAAGUUUUUCUUUUUGUAAUUUUAAGUAAAGCUGGUUGUGAGGAAUAAUGAGUUUUUUUGAUCUGUUUGUGUCUUAGGAUCCUGCAAAGAGGCCAACGGGGGAUCAGAUCCUGGACCAGCCAUUUAUCUCCUGGCGCAGACAGUAAGUUAAAGACAGAGUAGAAAAAUGUUUCUUCAAGAACAUCCUACUAACAGCUUUAUUUUUUCUCGUAGGGAGCUUGAAGAGCAAGUUGCCCUGUUGAAUUCAGCAAUGAAAAAACCAAAGUAAGCUGCAGACACUUCUUUUUAAUCUUCUGAAAACUAGUCUGUGGUCACUAGUUAGUUUCAAAUAACUGCUUUGUUGUGUAGGCUGAGCACAGUGACUGACACCCCUGUUGCUGUGGUGACCACACGCUCAAGGGAAGUGUACUUCUGGGGUGGGGGGAAGUUCACCCCCCAGAAACUGGAUGCUUUUAAAGGAGGCAGCAGUGCACAACAUGUUUGCGCAGGGGAGAGUCACUUUGCUGUGGUGUCAGUGGAGAAGGAGUUGUACACCUGGGCUGUGAGUGUUGAUCCAUCACACGAGGAAAUAUAAACUGGAUCCAGUUGUUCUUACAUUUUAUUAACUCUUGAAUGUCUCUUCAGAAUGUCCAGGGUGGAGCAAAGAUGGUGGGCCAGCUAGGGCACGGAGACCAGGCUUCGUACCGGCAGCCAAAGAAGGUUGAGAAGCUGCAGGGGAAGGCUGUCCGACAGGUGGCAUGUGGGGCUGAUUUCACUGCUUGUGUCACCGGUGAGGGACAAAAGCUUCUUUAUGGAAUACAAAACAAACAAACCCUGUAUGUGUUCCUCUGAACCCUUCUGAUGUUUCUGUUGUUGCAGAUGAGGACCAGAUGUACAUGUUUGGGUCGGACUAUUAUGGCUGCAUUGGGGUGGAGGGCGAGCUGGGCAGUGAGAUUUUGGAGCCAGUGCUUUUGGAGUUUUUCGAAGAGCGGCCUGUGCAUCAGGUUUCAUGCGGAGACAACCAUGUGGUGGUUUUGACUCAGAGUGGGAACAUCUUCUCUUGGGGCUGUGGAGAGUAUGGUGUGUGAAGUUGCUGUAGUUUCUGCUGUUUUGAAACCUCUUCCUGGUUGUUGUUCUUCUGCUGCUACAAGGGCAGCCAGCAGAUGGAGACAGAGGCCCUGCUAAUGUGCCGUACAGUUAUGCUCUGUGUUCCCACUUUAAAUUACUCUAUUUUUCUGCUUCAGGGCGUCUGGGCUUGGAAUGUGAGGAUGACUUUUCUUCGCCGAUGCAGGUACAGUUUUGUUUUUACUGCUCUGACAUGUUUUCACAGGACUAAAGCCUUUCAGGAGUCAGUAUGUUAUGAAGUGUUUAAAGAAUAAUGAGCUGCUGAUUGUUGCUGUUAAGUAGUUUCUAUUCUUUCAUUUUCCAAGGUGGAGAUCCCUAAAGGCGCCACCAUCUCCUCAGUCUCAUGUGGCAGCGAUGGAACCUUCUUCCUGACGGAGGCUGGCAAAGUGUUGGCGUGUGGAAACAAUGAAUUUAACAAGCUUGGUUUGAACCAGGGCAUCUCUGGUCUCAAAAACCACCCUGGAGAGGUACAGGAUUACAUUUGAAAAGUGUGAUUUACCUCGCUGACAUGGGGACUAUUUACCUCUCAUAUCACCUGAAGGGUGGGAGGCUCAAAGAAGACAACAUCAGUCAGAUUUUUGUUACUCAAGAAUGAAUCUGCAGUUGACGCCAUCAUUUGACAUAGCGGUUAUAUUAUAAAUCACAGAUUUGUACAGCUAUCGUUUGAUGUUUUAUCCUGUACACUACAUCAGGUUUACCAGGGGAUCCCUUACAUCACCACACUGACCUUGGCGAAGCAGCUAUCGCGGUUCAAAAUCGACGCCAUAGCUCCAGGGAAGACCCAUACCGCUGCAAUUGACGGUACCGCAAAAAGAGUCAGAUACUCUCUCCUAAUUAAAAGUUAUCAACAUGUCGAAGAAAGUUGAUUUUAUGUUUUCUUUCUUUUCAGGACGGGGUCGACUGAUCACAUUUGGUUGUAACAAGUAUGGGCAGCUUGGUGUGAAGGACUUUAAGAAACACCAGGGUGUCCAAGUCCUCGUUGGACCCUUUGGAGGGAAGAUUGUGACCAAAGUAUCUUGUGGAGACGGUUUCACGAUCGCAGCCACUGAAGGUAUGUCUGUCUUAUUUCAUUGUAGUCACCAUUUUCUCAGCCACGUUUAAACUUGAGUGUCUUUAUCGGGUUUUUGUGUCCUGCAGACAAUCAGAUCUUUGCAUGGGGAAACGCAGGAAACGGGCGCCUGGGUAUGCCUGCUGAUAAGGGAUUUGGAUCAGAGGUUUGUCCUGCCAUGCCAAGGCCUAUCUUUGGUUCUCUUCACCACGCACCAGACCUGUCUUGCCGUGGUUGGCACACCAUAAUCAUAAUGGGUUUGUAGUCUCAGGCAGACACUUGCACAGCUUAUAAAUGUAAGCACAUACGUAUCUCAAACUUUUUUUUUUUGUCUUUGCAGAGAAGGUGCUCAACUCUAAGACUAUUCGAUCCAACAGCAGUGGACUGUCAGUCGGUAGUGGUAAAUACUUUUGUUUUUUCUCUUCAUACUUGGUUCUUUCUUCUUUGAUUAUUUUACUCAUAAAGCUUGUGUUUUUUUCUCUCUGUGUUUUUUUCUUCUCGUAGGACUGGAUCAGGAGGCUUCUACAUCCACAGUGGACCUGGACCUAGAACCUGGUUCAGAAACAGAGUGUCGUGAUCGGGGUCUUGGAGGAACAAUGGAGGAUCACACAGAGGAGUGUUUCAUGGGGACCUCAAUGAUGUCUGUGGCAAAUCAGACUGGGGACAGCUCUUGCCCGCUCUGGCUUAGAAAGGUUUGUUACCUUACAAAAGAGGAAAGCGAUUUCAAAGACUGACACAUCUGAGUAAAGACUGCAGUGCUCUGAUUUGAAAAGUUCUCAUACAACAGGAGCUUGAGGAUGCAGAGUUCAUCCCGAUGCCGGACGACUCAGACCUGCCCUCUCCUGACCAGCUCCCUUCAUACUCCGAUAGUGUCACUCUACCUUAUGAGGAGCUGAAAGAGCUGAAGGCAGCAGCAGCAGCUGUCAGCUGUCCAAAAGGACUAUCGGUAAAACUAAAAUAGCUGUCUCCCUAAACUAAUCCCAACAUGAAUGACACUGAAAAUGAAAGUAAUUCAAAGUAUUUUCAAACUGUUGUUGAUUCCACAAUUUCAAAGACAUCCUCUCUCACCAUUCACAAUUUAUCCACAGACUAAACGAAUGGACUGUGAUCGAGUUAAUGGACUGGAGGAGGCUGAUUUCUGCAAAAAAGGAGUAUCUGGUGCAUGCUGUAGAGCAAGCAGCGAGGUCUUAGAGGUAUCAAAUCUACAUUAUGGAAAUCAUAAUCUAAUCAGUGCAUCCCCUUGCAAUGAUAUCUGACACCAAAGCUUAUUUUGCAGCUGAGAGAAACAGUCUCACAACAGAAAAUAAGGAUCCAGAUGCUUGAGAAGCAGGUGAGACAAUAUCUUUACCCAUACUCCAAAGAAACAGAUGAUCUGCUCCAAUUUGGAUGUUUUUGUAUGAGCUGUGUUCCUUCUGUGCCUAGGUUGAUGAGCAGAAGAAGGAGAAUGAAAGGCUCUUAGCUGCAAUGAAUCGGUUAACGCUACAGGGUGCAGGAUGUGACAAUAACAGGAACAGUCACUCUGAUGGUAUUCCCCGUGAUGGAAGAGGAAGAGGAGGCGGAUUCACAAACCACGGGGGCAGAUCUGCAGGAGCUGGUGUGUGAGACUAAAACCAGCAAAUGUCCUUAUGACAGGGGAAUUAUCGGAACUUUGAGUACUUGUUGAUUGAAACAAGCAGGGUAGGUAAGGAGUGGAGGUUAUGGUAGAGGUGCAUCCAUGUUGCAGCCUCAUUCCAUUCACAAAGGUUACGUUACAGAAAACAUGUUUGACAGAGCACCGAACUGCAUGAGUUAAACCUCACACACUCUCACAUGCACAUUUGUGUUUAUCUGGUUGGAGUGAACUCAGCAGAUUGUCCACAGACUGCAAUGUUGACUGGAUUCAACAUGAAGUAUUGGACCUUUUCACUUGCUUUAGACAAUCACUGGAGUGACCUCAGAGUCACUUUUCAAUGUCCAAGUCAAAGUUUUAGUGGUGUAACUCUUGACUGUCAGUGAUGUCAGCACUGAGGCUUGAGCCCGAGAUGAUAGUAUUCAUCAUGAAACAGCUAAGAACAGCUUUUGGGAUCUGGAAACCGUUUGUUAAGACAAGCCAAGGUUGGGCUUUCCUCAUUCAUUUAGAGAUGUGCAGCCAGAUGGAUGUCUAGAUUCAUUAUAACAUAUAUUCCUUUAGGUUUUGCUUUUUCUUUUCUUUUUUUUCUUUGUGUUUCUCAAAAAGCUAGAGCACCAAAGAAAAUACCCUCUAAGCAUUUUUCUUAAUAUUUAUCAGACAUGUUGGUUUUAAAACAAAUUCUUGUUAUCAUGCAAAUAACCUUUUUCUAUUUGCAUAGUUUAUUGUUGUAUAAAAGCCUUGGUGUGAAACCCGAAACUACUGAUUUUUUUUUUUUUUAACUUCUUAUUGCAUUCUUUGACCCUCAACUUUUGUUGGUUCAGCACAUGUAUGAAAACUUGAACAGUUUUGUUAGGAAGCAAUUUCUUAAAGCAUAUGUCAUAUGGCUGACCCCACGGCUACAUUUUUAUUGUUUCUUAUUACAUUUUUCAUUUCAGUUAUUUUGUUUGUCCAUGGUACUUUCUGGAUAAUGUUUUACUGUGUUUUUCAUCAUUUUUCAGAGCAAAUGUUAUUACAUCCUUGAUUGUCUGUUGUUUUGUUUGUUGUAUGUAACAAAUACACGUAAAUAUAAAUGUAAAACCUUAUGUCAGUUUGCUUACAAGCUGUUGACGUAUGAUUGGUAAACUUUCAGAUGUCAGCAGUGUAACACUGGCUUUAUUUCACACAGUAAAAGUAACAUAUUUACAAUGCCUUUAAGCUAUUGAAACCAAAAAAAGUGCAAAUAUGAUAAUGCAGUGCCUUAAGUUACCUUUGUUUUUUAAUAUAGUGUAUUGGCAGCAUUAAAACACUUUUUUUUUUAACUGAACCAAAUAUUGUGAAGAUGUAACCCCCCUUUCACAGAUGCACUUGUCUCACGGUGGCGUCACGCUUUGUGUAAAAGCCAUAAAUAAAAACAACAGCUGCCCUAUU